GCAAAUGGUUGAUACGACAGCGUUUUAGCUCAUCUUUUGCAUCUGAAAUACUUUUCUCUGCUUUGAAAAUACGCCGGGGAGAGAAGGAAUAGCCCGAAUUUCACAAAAGUAGAGGAGAAAAAAUUUAUGGAAUUUUGUGCUAAAACUUUGGAAAAUAUAUAUCUUUACUGUCAUUUGGUCCUCCUCAUAAAUGGGUUUAGAAUCAUUUUAUUGUUCUGUUUUUUUUUUUUUUUUUGGUUACGGUAAAUAUUCGUGAUCUUUCUUCAUAGCAAAGCACUCAGCUUCUGUUCAUAUUCUAAGAAAACUCAGAGAAAGAGAGUUAUAUUUAUUUUAUCAUUAUCAUUGUAUUUUUGUUAAACGAUGCAAACAGAAGCCAGAAUGGGGGUGGUGAUAGAGGGAGGGCAGAGAGGAUUGAGUUCAGGCCGUGAAAGCGUUAGUGUUGAUAAGUAUCAAUCUCAGAUCGGCACUGUAUCACAGCUUCUUGCAGGAGGUGUGGCUGGUGCUCUUAGUAAGACCUGUACUGCUCCUCUUGCCAGACUCACCAUUCUCUUCCAGGUUCAAGGCAUGCACUCUGAUAUUGCAACAUUGAGGAAGGCUAGCAUAUGGCAUGAGGCUUCACGAAUAAUUAAUGAAGAAGGAUUCAGGGCUUUCUGGAAAGGGAAUCUGGUUACUAUUGCUCAUCGCCUACCAUAUUCUGCAGUCAACUUUUAUGCAUAUGAGCACUACAAAAAUCAGUUCCUACAAGUAAUUCCAGGAUUGCAAAGUCACAGGGAAAAUAUGGGUGCUGAUGCCUGUGUGAAUUUUUUAGGCGGUGGUUUGGCAGGAAUAACAGCGGCGUCUGCUGCAUAUCCAUUGGAUCUUGUAAGGACACGCCUUGCAUCUCAGACUAAUGUGAUUUACUACAGAGGUAUUUGGCAUGCUUUACAAACUAUUUGCAGAGAGGAAGGAGUUUUGGGCCUCUAUAAAGGACUUGGUGCAACACUUUUUGGUGUUGGGCCCAACUUAGCAAUUAACUUUUCAGUAUAUCAAACAUUGAAAUCUUUUUGGCAGUCACAGAGACCACAUGAUUCUACUAUGCUGGUUAGUCUAGCAUGUGGAAGUCUUUCAGGCAUUGCUUCCUCAACAG